AUGGGUCUUAAAAAUAUUCAUGAAAAUAAAAUGGUUCAUCGUGAUUUUCACACAGGAAAUAUAUUAUUAUCAAUAAAUUAUGGUUAUGAAAACGAAGGAAAUUCUGUAACUGAUAUAUAUAUUUCAGAUUUGGGAUUAUGUGGAGAAGCUAAUAAUAUAGAUAAAACAAAAAUUUAUGGAGUUAUGCCUUUUGUAGCUCCUGAAGUAUUAAAAGGGAAACCAUAUACUCAAGCAGCAGAUAUAUAUAGUUUAGGUAUGAUUAUGUAUUAUGUUGCAACUGGAAGGCAACCCUUUAGAAAUUGUGCUCAUGAUAAUAUUUUGGCAUUAAAUAUAUGUAAUGGAAUAAGACCUGAAAUAAAUGAACAAGAAAUACCAAAAUUUUAUAUUGAUUUAAUGAAAAAGUGUUGGGAUACAAAUCCAAAUAAUAGACCAAGUGUUACUGAAAUAUUAGAUUUAUUUGAAAAUU